ACCGGUUAACAAACGUGAUAACAGUUAACAGAAUAUGAAUGAAAAAAUAGAUAAAAAAAUAUAGUUUCUUAUUCUUUGCCAUUCACACCAUGUCUUCAAAAGUAGCUGUUGUAACUGGGUCAAACAAAGGAAUAGGUUUUGGCAUAGUCAGAAAUUUAUGCAAACAAUUUGACGGGGUUGUUUAUUUAACAUCCAGGGAUGUCGGAAGGGGUCAGGCUGCCGUCGAAGAACUCAAAAAGGCUGGUUUGAAACCACCGGAAUAUCAUCAACUCGAUAUUCUUGAUUUAGACUCAAUAAGGAAGUUCGGUGAUCAUCUUAAAACCAAACACGGCGGGAUAGACGUCCUUGUAAACAACGCUGCGAUUGCUUUUAAGGCAGCUGCUACGGAACCAUUCGCCGAGCAAGCGGAGGUCACACUUAGAACGAAUUACUUCGCUUUGGUUGACGUUUGCAAUGAACUCUUUCCGCUUUUAAAGCCGCAUGCGAGAGUUGUGAAUGUGUCGAGUUCAGCGGGUCAUUUGUUGCGCAUCCCCGGUGAAGAGCUGCGUAAAAAAUUUUCCGAACCUAAUUUAACAGAGCCUGAAUUGUCAAAACUUAUGAAACAAUUUAUAGCUGAUGCUAAAGAUGGAUCGUAUGCUUCGAAAGGUUGGCCGAAUAGCACUUAUGUUGUAUCGAAAGUCGGAGUGAGCACGUUGACUAGGAUUCAGCAUAGAUUGUUUCUUGAGGAUCCACGCGAAGAUAUUGUAAUAAACCAUGUCCACCCUGGUUAUGUCGAUACAGACAUGACAAGCCAUCAAGGACCUCUGACUAUUGAACAAGGUGCUGAUGCUCCGACAUAUCUGGCACUUUUGCCAAAAGGUACUACGUCGCCGAAAGGAGAUUAUGUGUGGUACACAAGGGAAAUUUGCGAUUGGGUAAAUGGGCCAACGCCUAGUGUUGUAUGAAUGAUAUUUUUAAAUCAAUUCUGUAGUAGUUUUUCUUAAUAAACUUUCUUUUACACUAAA